AUGCUAUCUCACGCCGUACAGAGAAACAAUGCAGCCGUUCAGCUGCUGCAGAACUGUCGUUACUCAGAUGCAUCUGUCACCCUUCAGGUUGCCUUGACGGACCUUCAGUUGUCAUUUCGAGCGACCUCUCUCGAAGAAGAUUCUACUGUGAUGUGCAUGAAAGAGGGUCUCCUUACAAAGUCGCCCGCCUCAGGAAUUCAGUUACCCGUUCAAGCUGCACCCAUUCAACUCAAAGGUAACACGACCGGCGAUAGUUGCCUCGAACUCUUUGCCCGUGCAUUUUGUCUUUCGCCUUUCGAAUCAAGAGAAAGAAUCGUUUCAAGUGUCCUUCUCUACAAUUGCGGCCUGGCAUCUCACUGCAGUGGUGUCCUGCGGGGCAACUCCAAGAAUCUGAUGAAUGCAAUGAGGCUCUACAAGUAUGCUUGUCGCAUCCUGCUAGAAGUCGUUGACGACGAUGAUACGAGCUCUACUGAGUUGCUACGCCUAGCGCUCUUCAACAACAUUAGCCAUGUUUGCUUUCAGCUGUGUCAUUUGGCGGAUGCACAACUCUAUGUGAAGUGCCUCCGCGACGAGAUGGGUCUCUCCGACGAUGAGCCGCUAGGUGCCGCAUUGCCAACCGUGACGGAUGAUGACUACGACUUUUUCUGCUUCAAUGUCACCAUCCGCGUGGAAUCCAUGGGGGCACCCGCUGCCUAG